UAUUUAAGCGCGUUAAUAUCACCGGAAGUGAUUCUGUGCACGCGACUGUCGGCUAAAACGUUGUAGACACGACCGACGCACGAAAGAGGCUUUGGAACUUUACUAAACGGUUUUUAUAAACCAGGAAUCAUGAGUCUUCUAACGAAACCUAAGUCAGAGAUGACGCCUGAAGAGCUCCAGAAAAGAGAAGAGGAGGAGUUCAACACUGGCCCUCUGUCGGUGCUCACCCAGUCAGUCAAGAACAACACCCAAGUCCUCAUUAACUGUCGCAACAACAAGAAGCUGCUUGGAAGAGUCAAAGCAUUCGACAGGCAUUGCAACAUGGUCCUGGAGAACGUUAAGGAGAUGUGGACAGAAGUUCCCAAAAGCGGGAAAGGAAAGAAGAAGUCCAAGCCGGUCAAUAAAGAUCGCUACAUUUCCAAGAUGUUCCUCAGGGGAGACUCUGUCAUUGUCGUCCUCAGAAAUCCUCUGAUUUCUGGAAAAUGAACUUUUUUUAGGUGUUUUUUUUCCCUAAGAUUGCAAAGCAGUGGAUUGACAUUUUUGUCUUUUUUUUUUUUGUUUGUUUCUCUUCAUUGUUUGGAUGAAAAAUGUGGCUAAAAAGUUCUUUCCAUUUAAAUUAGGGAGUAACCAGUGGUUCAUCUUUUGUUUUUUCCCUGUUUUUUUUUCUUUUUUCACAUUUUAAUAAUAAAAGCAUCGACUGCUGCAGUCUA